GCGUAGCUGAGCUGUGCCGUUGCGUGGCAAGCUGUGUGUUCCCGUGCGCUAUGGUGAGGCAGAGCUUACAGAAGGGAGAGAUGUAGCUUCACUCGAAGCUCUAGCAUCAGUGAAGCCCAGCACCUGGCCGGGGCGUCACAGAGCAGCAUGUUAGAACGAGAGAGCCACUGCUGACACUAGUGUGACUGAUGAUGACAGCCCACGCGUGGGUUACCAUGCGCCACAGUCGCGCCGCUCUAGGAGGAAACACAGCCAUGUGAAAGUGACUUGGCUGCCAGCAACUCUUGGACAUGUUUUCCAGGGCAAAGUCUGGAUUUCUUUCAGUGUUUGAACUUCUUUUUUUUCUCUUGGUGCUGUCUGGCUGUCCUGAGCUCACCCAUCAGGCACGGACUAAGGGAAGAUGGAACAAGGGGGGAUCCCGUCUGCGCCAGGAGGACUCCCCACCCCGGAUUGUGGAGCACCCAUCUGACCUGAUUGUAUCCAAAGGUGAGCCCGCCACUCUCAACUGUAAGGCAGAGGGACGGCCAACCCCGACAGUGGAGUGGUACAAGGAUGGAGAGCGGGUGGAAACGGACAAAGAUGACCCCCGUUCUCACCGCAUGCUGCUGCCCAGUGGCUCGCUUUUCUUCCUGCGCAUCGUUCACGGACGACGGAGCAAACCGGAUGAGGGAGCCUACGUCUGCGUGGCCCGGAACUACCUGGGAGAAGCUGUCAGCCGCAACGCAUCUUUGGAAGUAGCAUUGCUGCGAGAUGACUUCAGACAAAACCCAACAGAUGUAGUGGUGGCAGCAGGAGAGCCAGCCAUCCUUGAGUGUGUUCCUCCCAGAGGCCAUCCUGAACCCACCAUCUACUGGAAGAAGGACAAAGUGCGAAUUGAUGACAAGGAUGACAGGAUCACCAUUCGUGGAGGAAAAUUAAUGAUCUCUAACACAAGAAAAAGUGACGCUGGCAUGUACAUCUGUGUGGGCACCAACAUGGUUGGAGAAAGGGACAGUGAGACAGCACAAGUCACGGUGUUUGAGCGACCAACCUUCCUCCGGAGGCCGAUCAAUCAAGUGGUCCUGGAAGAGGAAACAGUGGAGUUCCGCUGCCAGGUACAAGGAGACCCCCAACCGAAUGUACGCUGGAGGAAAGAUGACACUGAUGUUCCUCGUGGGAGGUAUGAGAUCAGGUAUGACAAGGAAGGCUACGUGCUGAGAGUGAAGAAGGCUUCCGUCAAUGAUGAAGGCAUGUUCACCUGUGUGGCAGAAAACCGUGUGGGAAAGCUGGAGGCUUCUGCCACGCUCACAGUCAGAGCUCGCCCUGUUGCUGCGCCCCAGUUUGUCAUCCGUCCGAGGGACCAAAUUGUGGCUCAAGGCCGCACUGCCACCUUCCCAUGUGAAACCAAGGGGAACCCCCAGCCUGCUGUCUUCUGGCAGAAGGAGGGAAGUCAGAAUUUGCUUUUUCCCAACCAACCCCAGCAGCCUAACAGUCGCUUCUCAGUGUCGCCCAGCGGAGACCUCACCAUCUCAUCUGUGCAGCGGGCAGAUGCUGGUUACUAUAUCUGCCAGGCCCUGACCGUGGCAGGCAGUAUCCUCGCCAAGGCUCAACUGGAGGUCACAGAUGUGCUCACAGACAGACCACCUCCCAUCAUUCGCCAAGGCCCAUCCAAUCAGACUCUUGGGGUGGACAGUGUGGCAUUGUUGAAGUGCCAGGCAUCAGGAGACCCCAUCCCCUCCAUCAGCUGGUUAAAGGACGGGGUCAGUCUGCUGGGAAAGGACUCCCGCAUGUCUCUGGAGGAGUUGGGCAGCCUGCAGAUCAAAAACAUCAAGCUUUCAGACUCUGGGAUCUACACAUGUGUAGCAACCAGCUCCAGUGGUGAAACAUCAUGGAGUGCUUUCUUAGAAGUCAAAGAAUCAGGUGGAGUGUUGGUCAUGAGGAACCAUGAUGAGAAUGAGCUUCCAGGCCCACCUUCUAAACCUCAGGUCACUGAUGUCACCAAGAACAGUGUGUCCUUGUCUUGGCAGCCUGGGCUGGUCGGAGCAUCGCCUGUCUCUUCCUUUGUCAUUGAAGCCUUCAGUCAGUCAGUGAGCAAUAGCUGGCAAACAGUAGCAGACCACAUCAAAACCACCCAGUUUACCGUCAAAGGUCUCCGACCCAACACCAUCUACCUGUUCAUGGUCCGAGCAGUCAACAGCCAGGGCCUGAGUGAUCCAAGCCCCAUGUCUGAUCCUGUCAGAACACAAGAUAUAAGUCCUCCAGCUCAGGGUGUUGACCACAGGCACGUACAAAAGGAGCUUGGGGAGGUCAUAGUUCGGUUGCACAACCCAGCUGUCCUGAGUCCCACAACCAUUCAGGUCACAUGGACAGUGGAUCGUCAGUCCCAGUUUAUCCAGGGUUACAGAGUUCUGUACAGGCAGACGUCAGGGCUGCCUUCGCCGGGACCCUGGCAGACCCAAGAUGUGAAGGUCCCUUCUGAACGCGGUGUCGUCCUCUCUGCACUCAAGAAAGGAAUUAUGUAUGAGAUCAAGGUCCGGCCUUACUUCAACGAGUUUCAAGGCAUGGACAGUGAAUCUCGGAUGGCACGGACAACUGAAGAAGCUCCCAGUGCCCCUCCUCAGCAGGUAACAGUCCUGACUGUAGGAAACCAAAACAGCACUUCCAUAAGCAUCUCCUGGGACCCCCCUCCACCAGACCACCAGAACGGCAUCAUACAAGAGUACAAGAUCUGGUGUUUAGGGAAUGAAACACGUUUCCAUGUAAAUAAGACAGUGGAUGCAGCCAUACGCUCUGUGGUGGUGGGAGGGCUGCAGUGGGGGGUGGGGUACCUGGUGGAAGUGGCUGCCAGCACGAGUGCAGGAGUUGGAGUCAAGAGUGAGCCUCAGUCUAUUAUCAUAGGUAAGGAGUUCCGGGAUGUGAUCAUACAUGGAAACCGGAAUAACAGCAUCACAGAGCAGAUCACUGAUGUAGUGAAACAGCCUGCUUUUAUUGCCGGUAUCGGAGGGGCCUGCUGGGUCAUCCUCAUGGGCUUCAGCAUCUGGCUCUACUGGAGGAGAAAGAAGAGAAAGGGCCUGAGCAACUAUGCAGUGACAUUCCAGCGGGUUGAUGGUGGUCUGAUGAGCAAUGGAAGCCGGCCAGGUCUGCUGAACGCCAGUGACCCAGGCUACCCCUGGUUAGCGGACUCGUGGCCCGCCACCAGCCUGCCUGCCAACAGCAGCUCUGGGGGACCAAAUGACCUGAGUAACUUUGGCCGAGGAGAUCUCCCCACUGGACAAGCAGAUAAGACAGGCACCAUGCUCUCUGAUGGAGCCAUCUACAGCAGCAUAGACUUCACUACCAAAGCCAACUACAGCAGCCCUGGCCAGACAUCCCAGGCCACCCCUUAUGCUACUACUCAGAUUCUCCACUCAAGCAGCAUCCACGAGCUGGCUGUGGACCUGCCUGAAGCCCAGUGGAAGGCCUCACUUCAGGCCAAGCAGGAGAUGGCCAACCUGGGCUACUCCCUGCCUGACAAAAACUCCUGCAAUAACAGUGGAAAGGGAGGAAAGAAGAAGAAGACCAAGGCUGGCUCCAAACCCACUAAAACCAAUGGGUCCAACUGGGCCAACGUACCCCUGCCCCCUCCCCCUGUUCACCCUCUGCCCGGCACUGAGAUGGACCAUUAUCCCAGUGAGCACAAUGAAGGAGGAGGGUAUGAGAGUGAUGGCUGGGGCCCGCCCAUGCCCGUGCAAACCUAUCUUCACCAGGGCAUGGAGGACGAACUGGAGGAAGAGGAGGAGAGGGUCCCCACCCCACCCAUCCGAGGGGUCGCCUCUUCCCCAGCUGCAGUGUCCUUUGGGCAGCAGUCCACAGCCACCCUUACCCCUUCACCUCGUGACGAGAUGCAGCCCAUGCUCCAGGCCCAUUUGGAUGAGCUCACGAGAGCGUACCAACUGGACAUGGCAAAACAGACAUGGCACAUGCAGGGAGGCUCUCUUCCUCCCCAGGCACCAGCUCCUCCAGUGGGCUACGUGUCGAGCACAAUGGUUUCUGACCUAGAAACUGACCUGGCUGAUGAGGAUGAGGAGGAAGACGAAGAGGAGGAGGAUGAAGGCUAUGGAGCCAGGCAUCCCCGCGGCAUUGAGCACACACCUGGGUCUAGCAUGGACAACUUGGACAGCUCUUUAACAGGGUCCAUGGUGAAUGGGUGGGGCUCAGCCUCCGAGGAUGACCAUAAUUUCUCCAGCCAUAGAUCCAGUUUGGGCAGUUCAUCUGAUGGUUCCAUCUUUACCCAAUGCAGCUUUGCCCAGGCCUUGGUGGCUGCUGCAGACAAGGCAGGCUACCAACUGGAGGGCACUAGCCUCAGCAAGAGAGGUAAGGGCUUGUCCCACAGACCCCGGCCCAGCAGUCCAUUCUCAACCGAUGGCAGCACAGUCGGUACACACAGCUUUGGCCACCAGAGGGCCACAAGGCCCACACGCAAACCCCGAAGCCAGGGCACAGCACCUCACAGGAGAGAUGCUGGUGCAGACGACCUACCUCCUCCUCCUGAGCCGCCUCCUUGUCAGGGGCAGAGCCGUAUCCAGGGGGGCCGCAGUAUAAGCAGCAUGGUAUCCCCUACAGAUAGGAAGGCUUCCUCCUUGGAGCGUCCACCUGUGUGUGGACUUCUGUCUGGGCCAGACGACAUGAAGAGCUCCAUUGACAGACAGACACGAACUCCUCUCGAACAUCAUUGCCAGGCUCAAGACAGGCUGGGUUCCAUGGACCGAGCUGAUGAUGGGCGCAGGGGUCACAAAACAGAGGAUGGGUGCCUGCCAUACAGUAAACCAUCGUUCCCCUCCCCUGGUGGCCACAGCUCUUCUGGCACAGCCUCAUCCAAAGGCUCAACGGGGCCGCGCAGGACCGAGGGGCCACGACAGCCACAACAGUGGACCGCCACAGAACAUGCUGAAUUCCUAGGGACCAAUGGACAGGGACCAUUCUCUGGAGAGUUAUAGUGAUCUGCCUUGGAUGCGGACUGGAGGAAACCCGUUCUGUCCAUGAAAGGAUGACGCGCUCCUUGUCGGAGCAACGAACUCUGUCCUCACCCAUGUGUUCUCACAGGGAAGGACGCUACAGAGAAAGUGUCACAGAACUGUAAAUGUGAUGUAUAGACACAGACAUACUGUACAUCUCACUAUGUUUUUGUCCUCAAGAAAAUAUUUCCACCUCCUAUCUUAUUGUAAUUUUCUUUUUGUUAAAAAAGGCAAGUUAAAAAUAAAUGAAAACAUCUAUAUAAGAACAAAUUUUCUGGUAACUGCCCUUAGGGAAAAGGGAAUUUUGUUUCUGUAAAUAUAUUCUUUAACUUGUUGUUGCAUUGCUAUGCAAGCCUAAUUCAGUUCUUCUUAUUUCUAUAUACAGGAACAGUCGGUUUUAUUUGGUUAUUUGUAUUAUAUGUGAAUUGAGUGGCUGUUGUGCCAUAAAAUAAUUGUUUUAUAGUCCAUUAUUUGUUAAUAGUUAUUGUACCAUUAAUUAUUACCAUUAUUAUUAUUAAUUAUUGUUUUGCACUGCAAUUUUUGGUGAUAAGCACAAAAACAUAGCUCCUGCUGACAUGAAGAACCGGAAGAAUAUGUGAAGAGGAGUUUCUGUACUGUAAAGUAAAGAGAAGAAGAGUUAUAUACUAAUGUACAGAGAGAUAUUAAAGAGUAGGGCUUUGCUCUCAGACAGCAACAACUAAAGCGCCCAUUUCUAUAGCUGAGUGUAAUUGGGUGGCAGACACACAAAGCUCCCAUGGGUCUGAUAGGCAGAUAUAAGGUUGGAAGAACUGUACACAGAGGAUACUGUAAUGCUGUGUGUGACUCAGUUAUUUCACUUUUAAUUAACUGUCCUAGAGUUUGAUAUCAGCAACAUUUAGUGCUCGGUGUUUUUGGCAGCUCUGGGGGUUGUCUGGUUUUCAGAAACUGACUGAGGUAGUGUUGUUUUUUUUUUUUUAAAUACCUCCAAGCAUUUCAAGUUUAUUUUUUAUUUUGUGAUUCACUCCCUCAACAAUUUUACUAGACUAAGUUUAUGCUCCUCAUCCAGCAUAAUAGCACACCAGCCAUAAAACUGUCAAAAGGGAGGAGGAGUCAGUGAAAUGUUCGCACGCUCGAGUUCAGUCAUGGCACUUACAGUGACAGAGUUAUGAUUCUUCUAAAGCCUUAACAGGUAAGCAGACAUCACAGACAAAGGAGUAUUUAUUGUAAUUAGAAGCAGUUAUACUCCCAAAGCUACCUAAAAUAUCAGGGGAGCGAUGUAAUUUGUUUACAUCUUUUGUUUUUUUGUGUGUGUUUUAGUUCCAUACAUUUUUAAUAUUGUUUAGAGCACUUACUGUUUUAUGUUUCUUAUACUAUCUAUGGUACAGUGUGAUCCAAGUAAAACCACACACAGACCUGUUCAAUCCAGCUAAGUCAUGUUAAAUUAGGUGAUCUAUUAAAGCAGUUGUUGCUUUAAAGGUGGGUGCCUCAGUUACCAAAUGUUCAGCGCAGUCCGGUGUCAAUACGUUUGAGAGGAAACCGUGUGUGUAUGAUUUACAGUGUAGCUCUGAGUCACUGUUUGUUCCCAAACAGUGACAUGAUAAUGGAGAAAGGCCUUGUAUAUUCACUAGCAGGUCCCACUGCCUCUGUGUCUACAGCCACAACGCGGAGCAGAACACUUCCCAUCUCCCUGACCGCCACAAAACACACACUUAUUGUCCGCAGCUUUCCACUUCUCAGCCUCUGAUUCUCAGUAUGUCUUUUGAGCCAAUGUUUUUAUUGGUUGUCCUUUUUUUAAAAUAAAAAGCUAGUUUCUUUGUAUGCCUUUUAUGAACUCCGAAACGCUGCUUACAACGUUUUCAAUAUUAAUGUUCAGGAUUUUUGUGGUUCAAUGACUGUUUGUUUUGUCUUUUUUGUUUGUUUGUUUGUUUGUUUUGUACUGCUAAUGUUGAUUUAAAAAAAAAGAGGGGGUGGAAACUAAAGGUCGUCAGAUGCUGUUAUAAUGUCGUCGUCAUGCCAUCAUCAUUUUACAUCAUCCACCCAGUGGCCAGUGUUCCAGAAAUGAGGUGCAAAGAGUAUCUCAGGUUAUUUUACAUUCUGGUGGUGUUUAUGUAUGUGUAUAUAUGUGUAUAUAUCCAUAUGCAUCUCCACUUGAUUAUGCCAUUCCAUUUUCAUUGACAGAAAUAUCCCUCUCAUGUCAGGUUCUGUUUUCUUUUCUGCUGUGUAUUUUUAUUAUAAUGUGCUGGUUCAUCCACCUUAAGACGAUGUCACUAAGAGAACAUACCAAAUUAAGAUUGCUAUUUCUAAUGUCUAAUGCAUUUUAAUGUCUCUUUAAUACUCAUUGUUUUCUUUAAAAUCACAGUGUUGUUUUGUAUUUAUUAAAAUGAUAAUAAAAGUAUAUUGUGAAAUAUGCAUAAAGAUUUGUGAGAUAUAAAAUGUGUAUUUUUGUUCCUUGUAAAGUUUGCUGACGGAGCCAAGCAGCGAGGCCAUAAGGAGAUGACAGGCACACUGUGCUCACGGCACGGUGAAGUGUCGGGUCAGUAGCCGUCGGAGUCACUCUUCGUCCUGCAUGUUCACCACACUGUCAAAACUAAAGAAACUUAAAACCUUUUUGAACACAAGGAGCAAAGACGCUCACAAUUUACUUGUCAAGUCAAGAGAGAAAAUGUCUUUUUGGAAGGAUGAAAGUACUUUGGCUUUCCCUCUCUUUUGUUCAUUUUCUCAGUAUUGUUGGUUCUUUGUAGCCUAUCUGUGUGUUGCCUUUUUGCUAUAAAAGAGGAUUAAAACGGAUAAAAAGAGAAAGUUGUUGGGUGAAGUCUUUCUGUACAGUACGGGGGUGAGGUGACACCAUUUCAAUGCCAUUUCUACAGUACAGUACAUUCAGUUUCUUUUUCCUUUAUAACCACCUUCUGUAUUCACUUGCAUGUCCUUGUCCAGAAGAGAGUGGAUCAAGAAAAUAAACUUUUACAGUCUCAUUCCCAUGCCCUGUAAAAUAAAUCCAUGUUUUAUUUCCUUGU